GCCAGCCUUUCAGUCGUCAGUCUGUCGUGUAGUAGUUCGGACCAUCGAGCUGUGAAUGACUCUUCGUCGUCUAUUACGCGCACAGCAGUACGGCAUCGUGUCAUGUUUUUAUUGCCCUUGUCUGCUGCAAUGAUUUGAUUCGGUUUGCUCUGGGGAAAAAGAAACAUAGCAAACAUUGAUGUGCAUCGUUUGUUGUUUGCGUGGCAUCGAUGUGAUUCAAGUGCAUCGUAAUAUAACGUAGAAAUUGUCGUGCAAAACCGAAAUGUGUCGAUGAGUGUGUGUGUCGGGAAGAAGGCAAAAAAUCGGUUUUCUUUAGUAUAUUGAAUAACGAACCAAGGUUGUUCUUUUUUCGUUGCAUUUUUCCCUUUUUGUGUGUGUGUAUUGUAAAUCACUGUUUUGAAGUGAAAAUCGAUCGCCUCCAUUAGCAGACGCCGCUCUCCUUUUGGCUCGCUUGUCCACACACACAUUUUUUUCGUCGACGUCUUUGUGUUUGUUAGUUGUUAUUUUUUGCGCUCGUUGGAAUCGGUUCGUCUGCACCCUAGUUGUCACCUGUGUGUUUCGUGUAUUGAUUCAAAGACAAGAAAGAAAGAAAGAAAGAAAGAAAGAAAGAAAGAAAGAAAGAAAAAAUCCAGAAUUUCCAAAGCUGUAACCCAACCGGCAUUGAAAAUUUCUUCCAAGGCGGCUGACUCGGGACUGCUGCAGUUGUUAAGAUCCGAAAGGAUUUCAAAACUGGCCAAUAACAUGGCAUCGGCUAGGGCCGCUGUGCUGAGCGAAUGCACUCAGACACAAAGAGGGACGAGCGCCAGUCCGAAUGGAUCCAGUGGUUCCGGCAGCAGCAGCAGUAGCAGCAGCAGCAGUGGCAUCGGAAAUAGUGCAAGUAGCAGCACAUCCGGUAAUACGACGACAUCGUCGAGCAGUUCGAGUAGCACCAGCAGCAACAACAAUAGCAACAACAACAACACCACUUCUAGCAGCACGAGCAGCACCAGUGGUGGCAUAGGAGGCGGUGGUGGCGUCGGUCUUGUUGGCGGCAGUGGCACCACCAGCAGCGGCGCUACCAGCAACAUGGCCAUUUCCAGGGUACCGAGUCCUCCUCCUCCGGAAGCGUCCACACCCGUCGCUGAAAACUGGUGUUACACUCAAGUGAAAGUCAUACGAUUCAGCUAUAUGUGGACAAUCAAUAAUUUCAGUUUCUGCCGAGAAGAAAUGGGCGAAGUUCUCAAAUCAUCGACUUUCUCUGCCGGAGCCAAUGAUAAGCUCAAAUGGUGUUUAAGGGUAAAUCCAAAAGGACUUGACGAGGAGAGCAAAGAUUAUCUGUCGCUCUAUUUGCUGUUGGUUUCAUGCAAUAAAUCUGAAGUUCGUGCUAAAUUCAAGUUCUCCAUCCUCAAUGCCAAACGAGAAGAAACAAAAGCAAUGGAGAGCCAAAGAGCCUACAGGUUUGUCCAGGGCAAGGAUUGGGGCUUUAAAAAAUUCAUUCGAAGGGAUUUUCUUUUGGACGAAGCCAAUGGUCUCCUACCCGACGAUAAACUGACACUCUUUUGCGAAGUGAGCGUGGUGGCCGACAGUGUCAACGUUUCAGGCCAGUCCAAUGCUAUCCAGUUUAAAGUGCCAGAUUGCCGUCUGGCUGACGACUUGGGUCUUUUGUUUGAAAACCAGCGCUUUAGUGACGUCACACUAUGCGUCAAUGGACGAGAUUUUCAGGCUCAUAAGGCGAUUUUAGCGGCGAGGAGUCCCGUCUUUGCCGCCAUGUUUGAGCACGAGAUGGAAGAACGGAAGCACAACCGUGUCGAGAUUUCCGACGUGGAUCAUGAAGUGUUACGUGAAAUGCUUCGCUUCAUCUACACGGGCAAAGCAGCCAAUCUUGAGCGUAUGGCUGAUGACUUGCUGGCCGCCGCCGAUAAAUACGCGCUGGAGCGAUUGAAAGUCAUGUGCGAAGAAGCCUUGUGUACCAAUUUGUCAACAGAGAAUUCUGCCGAAGUGUUGAUACUAGCCGAUCUCCAUUCGGCCGAUCAGCUCAAGGCCCAAGCCAUAGACUUCAUUAACACACAUGCAACAGAUGUGAUGGAGACGGCGGGCUGGAAGUCAAUGAUACGGUCUCAUCCUCAUCUGUUGGCUGAAGCUUUUCGAGUUUUGGCUACCCAACAGAUCCCUCCCAUAGGUCCGCCAAGGAAGCGCAUUAAGCAAAAUUGAAGCGGAGAAAAUACUUCAUUUGUAUAAGAUCCCGCGCGCGCCCCGUCCUUCACUCAGCCAUCACUACCAUGGUCCAGAAUCCCGAAGUCGUACGUCUGCGUCCCCGCCCCCUCCCUCAACGCCCACCCAACUAUACGUAACUUCUUUUGCUGUUGCACAGACACAGACACACACACACAGGCAAGUUUGCGAUGAGCUUACGAGACAAUUAUCAUUUGAUAGCUUAGUCGAUAGACAGCAAAACCUCGUAAACAAAAACAAAAUAAUAAAAUCAAGUCUCUUUAGUUUGUCAAUAUGUUGGAAAGGUAAUAAGGGGGCUUUGCAGAUCUCGUCGUGUUACUGUAUUGAGCGCCAAACCCCGCCGCCCUCCCUCUCACAAAUGCUCCAUCUGUGCCUUCCAUAUGGUAUCAGCCACUUAGGCAAACGUUUGGAAUCCGCAUAUUGUCAAUUUUUUGUUUUGUUUGCCCACCUCAGAUAGAUUCCUCCAUUUUUAACAAUUCAGAGCUCUUCCUUCCUAACCAUCGUUAAAAGUCUUUGAGUUGAAUGUUAUCGCAGUCGGGUGCCCCCCCUCAACGUCAAAUUGCAUUUAGAUGUGGGAUUCGUGUUAGACGAACGAAAAGUCGGCGAAAAAAAAACAACAUUUAAACAGACAAAAACAAACAAACAAACAAAAAGGCUGGGCAAUGCUUUUUUCGCGAACACGUUGGCGCCAUGUUCCUAAGCGUUUCAUAUUCGCGUGCAAGUACGGCCAAAAACGACAGGUUGGUUUUCAAUAGCCAGUCUUCACGUCGUCUGCUAAUAUAUACACAUCCAUAUAUAUAUAAAUAGAGAUAUGUACGCUUAUCGUGUUUUGCGAUGUCCGCCUCCAUGAAAGCCUGUGGACAUCGUGAACGGUAUGCAGCAUAUCGAUGUUUAUAUGUAUAUUGACAUGUACGUAUUUGUAUUCGUCAAUGUGUGACGCAUACCUGCCCAUGAUCUCUUCGCAAGUGAAGAAUGGUACAUUUUUCUUUUUAAGUUACGUCCCUGAAGGCGGUCUCUUUUUUUUUUUUUUUUUUUCAUAAUAUAGUUUCCGGUGAUGUUUCAUGAUAUCAAGUCUAGUAAGUGCCACAUAAAGCAUCCAAUUGUCAUUCACUCUAGGAAAGCACUUUUUAUCUCGAGGAAUAUAGGCGUGUUUCAGCUGUUGGGCAUUUUCCACCAUUUAUUUUAUUUUUAUUAUUAUUAUUAUUAUUUUAUUUUUUUUAUGUAAGACGGGAUACCAUUAUCGACUGUCGACUGAUCCUGGCCGAGAUUUCGAAACGAAAAGCCGGUGAUUAAGAGAUGUGCCGAUUAUUAUUAUUAUUUUUUUUUUUUUCUUCUCUUCUUCUUCUUUUUUUUCAAAUAUUUGGAGGGAACGGUCAUAGCCGAGUUCUGUACAAGAAGGUGUCACCAUCAUCAUUCUCUGCUCGAAUAAGAACGUGAGCGGAAUCUUUGCUGUGAUACGCAUCGUUGUCCAGUAACUGAUAAAACGCUAAUUGGAAAAAAGGAUUAAAAAUAGAAAAAAACUCUCCAGUUUUUUUGUUUUUAUGUUUCUUUUUGCUAGGCUUGGAUGGUCAUCAGUAUUCUUUUUCAUGAGUGGAAGACUUUUGAAUUUAUGUUUCAGUGUCACUUUUUUUCCUUUUUUUCCCCCAUCAUUGUGUAACAAAGUAAUGAGCAGUAAGAACGAUGAGCGAAUUUCAGUUACCGGUAUAAUGUUCAUUCGUAGUUGCCAAUCAAGAUGGCAGAAAUUGAUCUUUGCGUUACGUUCUUAUUCUGAGCUACAAGGCGAAUAACAUUUUUGGAAGUUUUCGUUAAAAUUUUGCGUGAAAAAAAGGCUUUCUAAUAGCACCUUGCUGUUCUUUUGUUCUUCAUAAUUUUAUUUUUAAUUUUUUGAGAAGUCCCACCAAUUUAUUUGCCAUUUUGAAAAGCGUGCCCAAGGGCGUAUGGAUCCUGAAAAAUGAUGAAAUGUACAAAAAUGCCCUCUUCGCUUAUUUGUCAUCAGCGGAGCAAACGAUACCUCAAUAAUAUACUAUAGUUGAUAAUCCUGUUCCGAUAAUUGUUCAAUGGAGCAACCACUUCACGCAAACUCGUCUGGAUUUAGUUUUGGAGCUAUUUUUCAUUGAAAAGUAGUUCGAAUUCCAGAAAAAGGCCGGAAAAAUUGUAUCGAUACUUCCGCACCGAUUGGCGACAAAAUCACACUUUUGGACUGGGCCUACAUGAAACAGCGGCUAGCCAAAACGUUAAAAUAUGAUUUCAUUCGCUAUGUUUAGGUUUAUACAUUUUCCGACAAUGUUUGGAAUAAAAAAUAAAAAAUAAAUAAAUAAAAAAAAAAAUAAAAGAAGGAAGGAGAAGAUCGGCUUUCUGUCUAAAAAUGAGAUUUGUUGUGAGUGUUCCUGUCAAAUGCAUUUAUAGACAAAUCCAAUAGGUAUGGCUGAACGCUUAGCUGUUUUUGUUGUAUUGUUCAGCGCAAAAGCUUCGUACUAAAUGACGAUUGCCCAUCCUACUUCGCGCCCCCGUGUUCCGUUGUAAAUUUGCCGUUAUCUGUUGUAGGUUUCUCCCAUUUGCUUCCACACAUGUUUGAUCGAACUCAAUACAUAUUUCACACACUCAGAA